UGUUUCACAGAAGUAGAACACAAAAUUUUAAGAUGUGUAUGGAAACACAAGAGACCCCAAUAGGAGAGGUAAUUUUGAGAAAGAAGAAUGGAGCUGGAGGAAUCUGGCUCCCUGAACUGAGUUAGAAGGAUGUGCUGGGUGGAGCAAGUGUGAUGAGGCCCAGGCGUGGGCGGGGAGGAGAGCGCAGCCUGGGGUCAGCAGGGUGCUCAGAGUGUGGAGAGCCUUGGAGGGCUGAGAGGUGCAAAAAAUGAGGACCCAGAGGGUGUCUUAACUAGGCAAGAGUGGUAUACUUAUUUUAGGAAGCUAAAUCUGGUGAAGUUGCUGCAGCCAGUCUGUGGAGGUGGUGGAAGGGCAAAGAGGCUGUUGCUACAGUUUCAAGUGGGAAGUGAUGACUGGGGUGGAGCAAAAGUUAUGGGGUUGAAGAGAGGAGGCCCGACUGGAGGGACUUCUCAGCGAGAACCGAGAGAUGGAAUUGGCCUAUUUGAAAGGCAGUGGAGUCGGGAAGGGAGGAGCCAGUCACUGAUGACUGCCGGCUGGCGGAGGCGCUAUUACCCGAGAAGAGGAGUGGCUAGGAUUCGGCCUUCACGUGGCUGUGGAGGGCGCGGACCUCGGGCACAAAAAACUCACCUGCGUGGCUCACUGUGACUUCCUCAUUGAGGGAGCUCGGCCAUUUGUUUCUGAGUGAAUGGAUCUGGGCAAGGUUAUGGAAGGGAGGUUGUAAAUUGGUCCUGCAGGACAUCUUUGAAGAUGCUUUGGAAACCCUCUCUGUGCCUUCUCGUGUGGAUAUGGCAACAAGCAGCCAGCACUUCUCAUCAUUUGAUUCAAAACAGACACCGGGACAGCACCGGACAUCCAAUGUGAAAAGGUCACUAUCAACUAAGGUGGAUCUUAGGAGUGGCCUCGAAGAAUGUGCGAUGGCAUUGAACUUAUUUCUAAGUAACAAAUUUACAGAUGCCUUAGAAUUGCUUCGACCAUGGGCCAAGGAGAGCAUGUACCAUGCCUUGGGGUACAGUACCAUUGUGGUGUUGCAGGCUGUCAUGACCUUCGAGCAACAGGACAUCCAAAACGGCAUUUCUGCCAUGAAGGACGCCUUACAAACCUGCCAAAAAUACAGGAAGAAAUGCACAGUUGUAGAGUCUUUCUCAAGUCUUCUUUCAAGAGGAUCUUUGGAACAGCUAACUGAAGAGGAAAUGCAUGCUGAAAUCUGCUAUGCCGAGUGCCUCCUACAGAAAGCAGCCCUCACGUUUGUGCAGGAUGAAAAUAUGAUCAACUUCAUCAAAGGUGGACUCAAAAUUAGAACAAGUUACCAAAUAUAUAAAGAAUGUCUUUCAAUCCUGCAUGUAAUUCAGAAGAACAAAGUUGAGCAGCAGUUCUUCUACGAGUUUGAAGGGGGUGUCAAGCUUGGAAUAGGGGCGUUUAAUUUGAUGCUGUCCCUUUUACCAGCACGGAUUAUCAGACUGCUAGAAUUUAUAGGAUUUUCUGGAAAUAGGGAGUUGGGCAUCCUGCAGUUACGGGAAGGUGCCUUAGGAAGAAGCAUGAGGUCUCCACUAUGCUGCUUAACUAUACUAGCUUUCCAUACUUACAUCUCUCUGAUACUUGGUACGGGAGAAGUGAAUGUUGUGGAAGCAGAGAGUCUCCUCGAACCCUACCUCCAGCAGUUUCCAAAUGGCUCCCUUGUGUUGUUCUAUCAUGGCCGGAUAGAGCUGCUCAAAGGGAAUGUGGAAGAGGCACAAGAGAUAUUUCGAAAAUGCAUUUCAGUUCAAGAAGAAUGGAAACAGUUUCACCAUCUCUGUUACUGGGAGCUGAUGUGGAUUUUUGUAUUCCAACAAAACUGGAGGGAGGCAUAUUACUAUUCAGAUCUGCUUUGCAAAGAGAGUAGAUGGUCCAAGGCAACAUAUGUGUUCUUAAAAGCUGCAAUUUUGAGUAUGCUUCCAGAAGAGGAUGUGGUAGCAACGAAAGAGGAUGUGGUAACUUUAUUCAGACAGGUGGAUGGCUUGAAGCAGAGAAUUGCUGGGAAAUCGAUCCCUACUGAGAAGUUUGCUGUGAGGAAGGCUCGACGUUACUCUCCCUCGUUGCCAGCACCCGUGAAACUCGUUUUGCCUGCCCUGGAAAUGAUGUAUGUUUGGAAUGGUUUUCCACUAGUGAGCAAGAGAAAAGACCUUUCUGAAAAUCUGUUGAUAACUGUUGAAAAGGCCGAGGCAGCUCUACAAAGUGAGAACUCCAGCGACUACUCUGUCGAUGAUGACUGUCUAGUGAAACUGCUCAAAGGAUGCUGCCUGAAGAACUUACAGAGGCCCUUGCAAGCAGAACUGUGCUUCAAUCAUAUUGUCCAAAGCGAAAAGCUACUGAAGUAUGACCACUACCUAGUGCCAUUUACUCUGUUUGAAUUGGCAUUUUUGUAUAAAAACCAAGGAGAAAUUGACAAGGCCAUAAAGGUCCUAGAAACUGCAAGAAAUAACUACAAAGAUUACUCGCUGGAGUCCAGACUACACUUCAGAAUUCAGGCAGCUCUUCACCUCUGGAAAAAAUCGUCUUCAGAUUGAUCAGAACAUGAAGGAUGGACUUUUCUCUCAAUUCCUACCGGCGUCUACUAUAGAUUAGGCCUUGUAUUAAAGUGGAAAAAUGAUCUUGUGAAUGAGAGACAAAAAACUAAUUUUACUGUCAAUAUUUUCUAUAA